CGGGCGGCCAAUGGCGCGGGGGGGGGGGAGGGGAGGGGCGAGGCGCGGGCGCGCUCUCGCGGGCGGUUGGCGGCGGCGGCGGCGGGUCCCGAGCGCGGGCCGCUCCCCUCAGCGCGUGCCCGCCUGCCCCCCUCCCCUCCCGGCCCCCCCCCUCCCCCCCCCCCAGUCGGGGUGGAGAAGCCCGGGGAAGGGGUGAAAACGGAGAACGACCACAUCAACCUGAAGGUGGCCGGGCAGGACGGCUCCGUGGUGCAGUUCAAGAUCAAGAGGCACACGCCGCUGAGCAAGCUGAUGAAGGCGUACUGCGAGAGGCAGGGUUUGUCAAUGAGGCAGAUUAGAUUCAGAUUUGAUGGACAACCGAUCAAUGAAGCAGACACACCUGCACAGCUGGAGAUGGAAGAUGAAGACACUAUCGAUGUGUUCCAACAGCAGACAGGUGGAGUGUGUUAAGACGUGCCAUCCUUUUGAGAAGAGGAGUUUAAGGAUCCUCAUCGCACCUCACUCUCAUCUGGUUUUGGAUUUGCUAUUAAAUAGUAAACAAAUGAACAUGCCAAUCACAGAGGAUACUUCUAAACUUUAGAGGACAUUUACCAAAAUUGCUUGUUGUCUUUGACGUACUGCGUGUGCAAGUCAAAACAGUAUCUGCAGGGAUUAAUCUAUAUUUUCAAUUGGGCCAAUUUGAUUUAAGUUCAUAUUAAGUAAUAUACGUUGUCUAUCUGCUGUUAACUUUUUUUUUUUCUUUAAACCUGUGGCCUAAAUAUUCAUCCAUGUUUUAAGACAUGGACUGUUCAUUCCUGGCUGUUGUCGGUCUUGCCCCUUUGUUUAAUUCUAAUCUUGUAAAUAAUUCAGUAUAUUUUCUUGCUAAUCAAGAGCUUAAAAGUUUCCUUUUAUAAUAUGCCUAAGAGAAGGAAAAAGAUGCUGAUUUCAAGUUUUUAGUGUGUUGCAAACAGUUCCUUCAGAGAUGUUAAGCCUAUGACACGAGGUCUGUAUGUGCAGAUCCGAUGCUUAGUAUAGAGUCAGUUUGAAAUAUUCCAGAUUUACAUGCGCGUGACCAUGAUUUGAUAAAAGUCGCCUGAAAUAUACUUUUUUUUUUAAUGCA